AUGGCUCAGCCCCCUCGUGCCCCAGAAGGUUUGCUAGCUGGGGGUUUGGAUCCUGGGUCCCUUCGUGUGCCUGAGGACAACGACCGGCGGAGACAGGCAGAGGUGCCUGUUCAGGAUUAUGAGGCUCAUUUGGCUGCCUGCACUCGCAAGGUUAAUAAGACGGGCUAUUCUCGGUCUUGGGAUUUUCGGUUGAGGCCUUCUUCUGUGCUCUUUACCGGUGUGGUUAGGUCGCGAGGCAUGUUCCCACCAGUGCCCUCGCUUGUGCCUGUGAUCACUCCAGUGACGCCAACCGUUGCUGCAGUCACGAAGAUUGCGAUUUCCCGGGUUCGUUUGGACGAUUCUUGGGGUGCUCACCUUGAGAGGAGGCUUAGUGCUGCCAUACAAAAGUGGGUUGCCUUAGUGGUUGAGGAUCCUUUAUCUUUUGACGUUGGUAGGCGGUGUGCUGCUUUCGUGGGAAAUGACGAGGCGAUUUCUCAGGGCCUUCUGCACACUUUUUCGGGCAAAUCGGCAGGUACCUUGCACAGCCGGGCUGGGCCUCUCAUCAGGUUUGUUGCCUGGGCCAAGGCUCGCCAGUGCAAGCCCCUACCCUUCAGCGAGGCGCUUUUGUAUGAUUUUCUGCUUGAAUCCGAGAGCACUUGUGCGCCGUCAUUCGGAAAGGCGUUGAUGUCUGCACUUGCAUUUUGCAAAUUUGUGCUGGGCGUUGAGAAUGUUUCUGAUGUUCUGAGCAGUGGUCGGUUUGGGGGCUUGGCUCGUUCGAUGUUCCUGAACAAAAGGAAGCGACGGCAGAAGCCACCCCUCACCGGCCGCCUUGGGCUGAACUUGGGCAGCCGGAUCACUCGGCACAUGGGUCGUGUCUUUGUGACGCAGCCGGAUAGACUCGGCUAUGCACUCACCGGACCAUUCGCCAUGGCCAUCACCGAGAGCAAGGCAAACUUUUCUUCCAGGGCGACGGCCUUGGGGUUGGCUGCUGACGUUUUGAAGAAGUUCACUGAUGCCGGCAUUGAUUGCAUGAGCAAGUUUGCCUUCAUUAGUGCGUUCGUGCCCGGCAACACUGACGAGUCCCCUUUUACCGAUGCAGUUGCUGGGGUUUUGGGGCGCGCUGCUAAUGUGGCAGAGUUGAGCGUGCUGCGCAGGCUUCUUCAUGAGAGCUACAACCUCACUGUCUCAGAGCUUCAGGUGCAGGUUGAAAGAACGGAAGAUUCUGCUCCGAGGCGGUUGGCGGCUCCCGAUCGAGCCGAUAGGCUUCAGCGGCAACAAGUCAGGCUUGCUGGCUUGAACAUCCAUGGCCCUACUCUCCCGGGUCAUUCGGUCAUCGAUCGUUGCGUCCAGAUGUAUGAGGAUAAUUCUCUUUCAUACCUACCUUUGCAGUCUUGUCCCUGCCGGGAUGAUGAAGUGAAGUUCAAGAAGGACCGAGAUGACAAGAUGCUUGCUGUGGAUGGCACGGGGCACGUGUCUCUUAGGUCGCAGGCCGUGAAAGUGGAAGCCGACGUGUCCACUGACCUUUUGCUUAAGCAUGCACUUACACGUCGUGGGCUUGCGCUGGACCAAGCUGGCAUUCUGAGCUUUGCGGAGCAUGAGCGUUGGUCUGAGGCGUUGUUUCAGGCUCGAUUUCGAGAUCCGCCAGACCAGUAUGCCCGUGUCACGCUCCAGCAACUCAUCCAGGCGGACAGGCAGGUUUUGUUGAAGCAGCUGAUCGGACCUGUCCACGUGACUGAUGAUAAAGAUGUAGCACAGCUUGGUGAGGAGCUUGUGCUCUCUUCUUCCGAUGAUGAGAUCCCUGAAGGGGAGUCAUCACCGAAACACGUCCCGUGCUCGGCCUCAGUUCCGCCUCAGCCGCUUUCCGACAAUCCCGAAGCUUUUGCGUCUCAGCUGCUCGAGAAGCCGUGGCUUGAGGCGAGCGAUGUUUUGCAGCUUUUUGAGAUGUUGCCAAUGGCCGUGCCCCAGCGUGGAACUGAGGGCAAGGCUUUUGCUACCGGAGCGUUCGCUCGAGUCAAGGUCAAUGGCCAGCAGCAGAAGGGAGUUCUCUUGCCCGUGGGAGCCGGGCCCGUGCUCUUUGAUGCACGUCGUGCUCUGCAUCUCACUGAGCCUUGGAAAGGCCGCCGUGUGGUCUUAGUGGCCUUUUCUAUAGGUGCAUUUUCAAGGCUGUCCAGUGAGGCUUCUGAACGCUUGUCUGCCCUGCAGUUUAACUUGCCAAACCAGCCCGAUGCUGCUGCGUUCCAAGAGCGCCCGCAAUUGCCGGUGCGUCUUCCCUGGCCGCCUCGAUUGCCCCUCCUUGCAUCUGCGCCUUCGGUUCCCGACAUUCCUAAGCCGGCUGCUGGAGAGCCCUUGUUCUUGGAGCUAUGUGCUGGUACUGCCAUGUUGUCGCGCUGCUUUCAUGAGGUCGGCGUCCCGGUCAUGCCCAUUGACCACCAGCACAAUCGGCACCUUCCGUUGGCUAAGGUGUGUAACCUCAGCCUCACUGAGGAUUCGACCUGGGACUUCCUACGACACUUGAUUGACACUUGCGACAUCCUGUUUGUGCAUGCCGCUCCCCCGUGCGGAACAUGCUCUAUGGCCCGGCAUAUCCGGCGCAAGGGUGUGUCUGCUGGCCCCCUUCGUUCCAAGCAGUUCCCUAUGGGCUUGCCGUCCCUGAACGGAGUCGACCGGGCAAAGGUCGAGGCUGCAAACCAGAUUUACACUAAGCUGGGUCGUUUCCUGCAGGACUUGGGUCGUCGUGCCAUUCCUUGGUCUGUCGAGAAUCCUGAGUCGAGUAUGCUCUGGCAGCUGCCGUGUUUUCAGCCCUUGGUGCAGGACAACCAUGUCUUCUCCUUUGACAUGUGUUGUUACGGGGGGUCCCGCCUGACCCACAGGUCUUUGCUCACUUCGUGCUUUGGGCUUCGCCAUUUUCGCCAGCGGUGUUCCGGGGGACAUGAACAUUUGCCGUGGACACCAAAGGUUGCCCCAGGUGGAAAAGUGCACUUCCCUACGGCAGACGAAGCGGCAUAUCCGCGUCCGUUCUGCGUGCAAUUUGUGGCGCUCGUUUUCCGCCACCUUGGGCGGCCCUUGCCUGCCACGCCUGCCCCUCAGGUGUCAGCCCAGGCGUCUGCCUCUUCAGCUCGCCAGCCCCGUGGGCGCCGUAUCCCUCCUGUCAUGCCUGAGUUCAAGCGUGUGCUCGUGUAUCAGGUUGCUGCGUUGCCCCAGGUGGAUCACAAGCGUCGCUUGCUGCAACCUUUGCGGGAUGCCCCGGCGGGCUCCAAGCUUAUCUCCUCGACGUCUUUGCUCUCUGAAGUGGGGUUGAGUAGUGCCUCGGAGACAACGGUUCAGGCGGUUGCCGAGCUAGUUGAUUCGAGCUCGUCUGAGUCAGGUGACACUGCGUCUCCUGUGGGCCCGGAUGACCAGGCCAGCACGUGCUUUGAAGUGUCGCUGGGUGUGUAUGCUUCCCCCGAAGAAUUUGUGGAUGAAUGCCUGAACGUAGAGCACCCCUUUGAUCAGCUGCAUGCUGCGCCCGAUGUGCUCAAACAGUGCCUUUUUGACAUGCUGACCAAGGGGCCUGCUUGGGUCGUGGAUCGUAGGGCAAAGCUACUCAAGAAGUGGACCCAGUGGGCUCGCGACCUUGAGGCCGAGGAGGCAGGCCUUCGCAAGUCGUUAGACCUUGAGGUGGCAAAGGUGUUGCAAGGUAAAAGGCUCCUGCUUCUUGAGAAGAUUGCGUCGUCAAUCGGCUGGGUUGACAUGGGCGUUUUUGCUGAGCUUAGGAAGGGCUUUGAUUUGGUGGGGCAUGCAAAGCACACGGGAGUUUUCGCGCUUGAGUCCAGGCCUCCGAAGCUUCCUAAGGAUGACUUUCUUGCUGCCACAAAAUUUCUUAGGCCAGCCCUGCUGGGUAAGGUAAAAUCGUCGUCCAUGGAUCGUAAUGCACGUGAGCUGUGGGAAAAGACGAUGCAGGAGGUGGAGAGUGGUAUGUUGGAGGGACCUCUGUCGUCGCAGCAGCUGGAUGAUAGGCAUCCCUCUGGCUGGUUGCCCACUCGGCGUUUCGGGGUGGAACAGACUUCUGCUGCCGGGCGCAAGCUGCGGCCUGUUGAUGAUUUCACCGAGAACAAGGUGAAUCUUGCUUUUGGGUCUAUGGAUAAGCUGGACUUGAAUGCGCUUGAUCAACUUAUCUGCACCUGCCGCAUUUGGGCAAGGGCCAUGUGUGGGGGGCAUGAUUGUGAGCUCGUGCUUUCCUCGGGGCUUGUGCUAAAGGGCCGUGUGCAUCCUGGUUGGAAGAAGGCAGGGCAUCAGCCGCUUCUGACCACACUUGAUCUUCGAGCUGCUUACAAGCAGUUCGCAGUGUCAGCCGACUCGCGAGCUUGGGCAGUUAUCGCUUUGCUUAACCCUGAUACGCUGGUGCCGGGCCUUUUCGAGUCGAAGGCGUUGCCUUUUGGCAGCGCGGCCUCGGUGCUGCAUUUCAACCGCCUCUCGAGAUUGUUGUGGAGGUUGGGGGUUGAGCUUUUGAUCCCAUGGGGAAACUUUUUCGACGACUUCCCUGCAAUGUCACCGAGUGCCAUUUCAGACAAUACCAUGAGUACAAUGACUGCCUUGUGUUCCCUUCUCGGGUUCGCCUUUGCUGACGAUAAGCUCAGCCCCUUCCAGCCUGCUGCCACCAUGUUGGGGGUUGAGGUCGAUUGUUCAAGGUGUGAUGAGGGUUUGGUGCUCGUAAGGAACAAGCCUGGUCGUGCUGAGGAACUCGUGGUGUCUCUUGAGGAGUUUCUGCGCGAGGGAGUGAUCUCUCGAAAGCGUUACCUCAGUCUCAUGGGUCGACUCCACUACACUGAUUCGUACAUACUUGGUAAGUCGGGCCGUUUGAUCAUGGCGGACAUUCGCUCGUGGGCAAGAGGGCAUUGUUCCGAUGAGUUGGUCUUGGACGAUGCAGCACGGGAAUCGCUGCGUCUGUUCAUUGCGCGUCUCCGUGCUUGUGAGCCUCGCCAGGUGCCUUGUGGAGUGGCGAGCCACGUUGUGCACGUCUUCACGGAUGGCGCCAGCGAGGGUGAGGUGCACUCGAUUGGUGGGGUCCUUGUAGUGCCAGGACGGCUGCAUUCUUGCUUUGGGUCUCUUGUUCCCGAUCAUUUGAUCAGCAAAUGGACCUCCACGAUGCGACACAUUAUCGGGCCGGUUGAAUCAUAUGCAGUUGCGGUGGCAAGGAGAGUUUGGCACCAGUUCAUUGCUUCGCAGCGCGCUUUGUUUUUCAUCGAUAAUGUGCAGGCACAAGAUUCCUACAUAAAGGGCACCUCUGCCAACCCUUACGUGCGGGAAAUCCUCCUUUCUUUUGAGGAGUCGGAAAAACUUUCCCCUUCCUGGACGUGGUUCGCCCGUGUGGCGAGUCCAAGCAAUGUCGCAGACGAGCCGUCACGUGCUGCCUUCGAGUUUUUGCAUAAGGCUCAAUGUCGCAGGGUCACUCCCUCGUGUCCCAUCAGUGGUUUUGACCUUGUGGAUCUUGGCGCCCUUGGAAAAAUUUGA